GCAAAACCUCGAAAAUGCUCACUCUCACUCUCACUCUCUCUCCUCACCUCACUAAAACACUUUCCCUCCUUUUCCACCUCUUCCCUUUCUCUCUCUUUCUCUCAUUUCGGCUUUUGAGUCCCUGAAAUUCUCUGCUUUCGCUUAAAUCGUUGGAAUGUGGUAAUUUUUGUUUACUUCUUUACUUCUUCUGCAAAACUAUGCUCGCGAGCUUUGUUACAAUGAAUUUUCAGCUCAUUUAUUUUGCUUAUUGCAUGAGGUAGAUUGCAAAUUCAGGAUUGCACUGGAUACUUCCUUGAGAAUCUUUGUUCACUUGUAAAGAAUCUAAACAAUUGCAAAUAUGUUCUCGUGUAAGCCUUACGAGGUUGACUCCGAUAUGCCUAUUUUCGUGGAUGAACCUGUGGGUUUGGAGCAUUUUUUGGUAGAACCUCUUAGUAAAGAAGACUGGGUUAGUGAUCUCCUUGAUUUGGAUGCAUUCCAAAUUGAGAAAUGCUUCAAUAUUGAAGAUAUUUCAGGCACUUUUGAUUACGAUCAGAUAAAACUUGAUGCUGAUGCUGAUCACUCUAUGACCACUAAAGGAGAUGGAAAAAACACAGAAUUGCCUUCUGACAAGUUUCAAGGCAUCAAUAUUGGAGUUCGUGAGGAGUAUCAUAUUGACACUACACUUACUGAUAAAGCUUGCACUUUUGAUUACGGAAACUGCAAAGAAAUGGGAAAUGGUGGACUAGAAAACCAGUUCCAAGGUUUCCAUAGAAGAGACUCGGGUAAUGAGAUGGUAGACUUAUCCUCUACAAAUAUUCCUGUGCUGAAGUAUACAAGCAACCAUCAUUCUUCUUUGCUUGACCAAGUUAGAGCCAAAGAAUUACACGAGGCCUUUAACAGCAUGUCUGGACAAGAACCAUUAAUGGAAAAGAGUUGGUCAAAGAAAGAUAAUUUGUAUGGAUUUUCAAACUAUGCUGAGUUGGAUAGUACUCUGAGCCUCUUCAAAGUUGAGGCAACUUCUACUGUAAAUGAAGGUGAAACUACAUUCUCAUCCCUUGUUGAGUACUCUGGAAGUGCCACUGGUCAUGUACCAGGAAUGUUACAUAAUGAAAGGAAUUCAGAAAACCAGCAAAUGAAGAGGAAGAGGGUAGAUGGCUGUGAAUCUUUGAAGACCUCAACUUCUGCAGUUAAAGUUGAAUUAUGUUCCUUAGACGAAGGAGAUCUAGCGGGGCUUCUAGUCUCACCAAAGAGAUCACGAAAGCCACCUAGGAGAUAUAUUGAGGAAUCGCUGGAUUACGAGUCAAGAUCUCAUAAUAGAAAAUGUGGGAUAAGCAGAAAGUUGAAAGAUAGGAUUCUGCAUGAUAGGUAUCAAAAGUACAAGUGGCAGCAGAAGGAAUUUCAUGCAGAAGUAGUUUAUGAAGAUGAUUCUUUCAAUGGAGGGUGCAUUCAAGUUCCUUUUGGUCUUCCAAUGGAAAAAGAGAACCCCAAGAAAAAUAAAUAUUUUCUGGGCCCUGAAUAUUCCAAGGACAAUGGACUUUUAGAUCAACUUGAGAAACACGAUAUAGAGCCUUUUUCGGUGGAGUCCCAGGAAGACAUUUCUGAGGAUGAGUGUGUACUAAGGAGUUCUACUCAAAAAGUUAACACUCGGAGGAAACGUCACAUAUCAUGGACUACCGAGGAAGUGGUGAAGUUAGUUGAAGGUGUUUCUCAGUGUGGAGUGGGAAGAUGGACUGAAAUAAAGAGAUUACUAUUUUCAUCCUCUUCACAUCGUACAUCUGUAGAUCUCAAGGACAAAUGGCGGAAUUUGUUAAGGGCUAGCUGUACUCAAUUGCAGAUCAAGGAAAAGGUUGAGCAAAGUCGAAAGCAAGCAUCGACCAAUUAUGUACCAGAGUCUAUUCUGUGUCGUGUUAGGGAGUUGGCUGUCGUCUAUCCAUAUCCAAGAGAAAGCCGGUCAAAAGAUUCUUGCACUGUUCCAGCAGUCUCAUCUUUUUCUGCCAGCUCUUCUAAUGCAUUAGUUCCACUGUCAACUGUUGUCUAAGGGUAAAAAAGGAGUAUAAUGGAGCAAAGAAAUUCUGCUGAGUCCUUGAUCAACACUUACAACACACAUCAGGGGUAUACUUUGCUAACCUGAAACUAAAAAGGAAGAAAGAAAAGUAAAGAAUGGAUAGUAAGAACUAAGCAUGAAAGUCUGUCACCUUACAUUGUCAAUAUCUUAUAAAUUGGUGUUAGUUAGAUCUUAGAUAACCCCUUUUUUGUUAAUCUUGUAGUAGUAGAGUGGUAUGCAUUACAUUAAAUUACAUGUGGCAAUUAUUAACCGUGAUUCUUUUAAUGCUUGAGUUUUCUAAAGGGUAUUUGUUUCUUUAAA